CAGGCGUCACUUCCCUGAAAGCAGCUGAGCGGAAGGAAAAAUGGCGGCGCUGGGAGAGCCUGUGCGGCUGGAAAGAGACAUUUGUCGGGCUAUUGAGUUGCUGGAAAAGCUACAAAGGAGUGGAGAAGUACCACCACAAAAACUGCAAGCUUUACAAAGAGUCCUUCAAAGUGAGUUCUGUAAUGCUGUGAGGGAGGUAUACGAGCAUGUGUAUGAAACUGUGGACAUCAGCAGUAGCCCGGAAGUACGAGCGAAUGCAACAGCCAAGGCCACUGUAGCAGCCUUUGCUGCCAGCGAAGGUCAUUCCCAUCCCAGAGUUGUUGAGCUGCCAAAAACGGAAGAAGGGCUUGGAUUCAACAUCAUGGGAGGCAAAGAGCAAAAUUCUCCAAUCUAUAUAUCCCGAAUUAUCCCAGGUGGUAUUGCUGAUAGACACGGGGGAUUGAAGCGUGGAGACCAGCUUCUUUCUGUAAACGGAGUGAGUGUUGAAGGGGAACAUCAUGAGAAAGCUGUAGAACUGCUGAAAGCGGCUCAAGGAAAAGUCAAGCUGGUUGUACGAUACACACCCAAAGUCUUAGAAGAGAUGGAGUCACGGUUUGAAAAAAUGAGAUCAGCCAAACGCAGACAACAGAAUUAAUAUGGCGCAUAUAACUUAAUGAGAAGCAUGAUCUUUGCUUGUCUGAUGUACCCAUGGAAACGUUAUUCGGUACUAAAAAAUUUUUUUUUUGUUAAGGCUUCCAUCUUUUCCAGAUCUCUUUUUCUAGCACACUCUAAUGUUUACACAGGCAUUUUUACUUCUGUGGUCUGACAGAUCUUUUUAAAAUUCCAACCUGUAA